CUAAAGAGUGUCACGCUCCCCACUUCUCUUCCAUACUAAGCUUUCACUUUCGCCUUCACCACUUUUCUUUGUUGCAUUGUGCGGAGCGUUUGGGUCUAUUCUUGUGCUCUUUCUCUAUUGUCUCUUUCUGCCUCAUAAUAUCGUCUCCAAUCCUCUUUUUCUUGCCGCAUCUCUGGAAGACAUCGUGCACCUUUGUACCAUCUUUCUACGAUUACCACGAACCUCAGCGACACAGCCUGGUGCUGUGCCUUCACCCAACACCUCUAAUAUCCUGCCCAGACCUCGCGUCCGCAUCCAUCCACAUUCGUCAUGGCUUCCACGGCGAACCAACAGCAAAACUUCCCGGCUGUACCUCCACACCUGUCCGCUGGCGAUUAUGAGAUGCGAGGCAGCUACGCAACUCAAGAAUCACCACGACCUCCUCUAAACCAGACACCAUACCUCAAACCAUACCUCGGCCUUCGAGCUAGGCUCUCACAGAUAUGGAUCAACCGCUGGACGAUCCUUCUUCUCCUCGUCCUCAUCCGCCUCCUCUUCGCCAUCGCGAGCACUGACUCAAGCCUUGCGUCAGCUCGUAGGGAGGCACUCAGCGCAUGCACCCAAGUCGAAAGCAUGGGUAGCUCCAUGGCUUCCAUGCCCCACUUCAUGGCCGAUGGCAUCAACGAAAUGACCGCCGCCGGCGUCGAAAAGGCCGUCAACGGACUGAUGAAGAUGAUGGAACUCAGUGUCACCGGAGUGGAAGAGAUUGUCAUCUUUGUCAUCCACAUGAUGACGAGUACCUAUCUCUGCCUCAUCACCCUUGCCGUCAGUGGCAGUCUUCAUGCAGCAGUCGAGAUCGGAGAAGCAAUUUCAAAGAAUCUGAACGAGACUAUUGAAGACGUCACUAACGGCAUUGGGGAUGCCACCAAGAAAGUCACCGAUGGCAUCAACUCCAUCCUCGACAAGGUCAACUUUCCAUUCGGACCCGAUUUUGACAAGCCGUCGAUCAAUUUGGACGAUCAAAUCAACAAGCUCAAGUCGCUCGAAGCGCCUCCUGAAAUGGAGCAAGGUCUUCAGAAGCUUAAUCAGUCCAUUCCGAACUUUGAAGAGGUCCAAAAUUUCACCGACAACCUUAUUCGACUCCCAUUUGAAGAGGUCAAGAAGCUGAUCCAGGGCAUGGACAACUUUACCUUCGACCGGGGACUUCUCCCUGUACCACAGAAGGAGCAGCUCGACUUCUGCUCCGACGGCAACUCGAUCGGCAAGUUCUUUGAUGACCUUGUCGUCAUGGUUUACUCGGCCAAGAAGAUCGCCCUCGGUGUCCUCAUCGCCCUGGCUAUACUCGCCAUUGUCCCUAUGGCCUACAUGGAAAUCCGCCGGCAUCGUCGCAUGCAAGAACGUUCACAAUUGUUCCAAGAUGUUGCCUACGAGCCGAUGGAUGUUGUUUACCUCGCUUCCCGUCCGACUUCCUCUACCAUUGGUCUGUGGUUCGGCCGCCGCUUCGGUUCCGCCCGUCGCCAAGCAGUUGCGCGAUGGGCGUGGGCCUAUGCCACUUCUGUUCCGAUGCUGUUCCUACUGUCACUAGCGAUUGCAGGUUUCUUUUCCUGUUUCUGUCAAUACCUGCUUGUGAGGGGCAUGCAACAGAAAGUUCCAGAACUCACAGACCAGGUUGCCGGCUUCGCCGAGAAGGUCGUCGACUCGUUGAACAAUGCCUCGAUGUCAUGGGCUGGCGGCGUCAAUGGCGCCGUCGACAAGCUUGACUCCACAAUCAACGACGAUAUGCUCGGCUGGGUGAACACAACCACGGUCGCGAUCAACAGCACGCUCAACGGCUUUGUCGACAAGAUGUCCGGUGUGCUCAAUGACACUUUCGGUGGCACGGUGCUCUAUGACCCGAUCAAAGAAGUGCUCAACUGCCUGAUCGGCCUCAAAAUCGCCGGUGUCCAGAAGGGCCUUACCUGGGUUCAGGAUCACGCCCACGUCAACUUCCCUGGAGUGAGAAACGACACGAUGUCCCUCGGUGCGCUCGCGAAAGUGAGCGACUCAAGCUCUGCUGCCGAACUCCUUGCCAAUCCCAACGGAAAGGCAAGGGACGAAGUUACGGAAGCUGUCAACUAUGUCGUCGAGAAGCUUCUCAGCGGCAUCCGAACCGAGGCUCUCAUCUCCACUGCCCUUCUCCUCAUCUGGCUUGCCAUCGCGCUUGGUGGUCUCGUCUACGCUGCUACUCAUAUGGCGCGUCGCGAUACCCCAGCUGGCACAGCCUAUGUCAUUGACCCAGCUACCGACAACGCACCCCAGACCCGCGACUACCCCGGGGACGCGGCGCCACCGUACGAGUAUCCCGUCAACAAGGCGGCACCCUAUACGCUGCAGCCCCGACCCUUCCAAGUCUUCGGCCCGAAUGACAACGCCCUUGACGCGGAAAAGGUUGGCCAAGUGGAAGCCCGCACGAUUAACGACUCCGCCCGCCCCGGCCACCUGCGCACGAGUAGCUACGGACAAUUCACCGACCCCUCUCCUCUCGAUGAAAAGCAAAACCCAUUCGCUGAUUCGCAACGACGCGAGAAGACCCCGUUCGCCGACCGCUAAUCCAUUUGCCGAUAACCCUUGCUCUUCCCUGACCUUUUCGCCUGCGUUCUGAGUCUAGAGGUAGCUCGGGUUGCCCCUCGGCCUGCGACGAGCCGUAAUCGCUCAGGUUACGUACCUUGGACCU